AUGUCCUCGUACUACGGCGAUGGCGCCGGAAACGCGCCGACAUGGGACUCCCUGGACGAUGGAUACGACGAAGAUGUCCUUGACACGGCCGAAUACCAGUACGCCAACCGCGACCACAUUCUGUUCGCGAUCGACGCGUCCGAGUCAAUGCACCAACCCAUGGCCGACGAGGAGAACCCCGGUGGCCUUAUCCGCGGUAAAAGCCCUCUGCACCAGGCUCUCGACGCUGUCGUCGGUAUUGAGCGCCGCAAGGUCGUCACCGGUCCUCAGGACAGUGUUGGGCUGAUGUUCUACAACGUCGACUCCACCAAGACCCAAAAGUCCGCUGCGGGCAACUACAAACCCGGAACCUACGUCGUGCAGGCUCUCCGUCAAAUUGUCGUCGAAGACAUUAAACGGCUCUUCCAGCUGCUCGAAACCGCCAACCAGCAGUAUGACGAGCAGAGCGACUCUGACGAACCUACGGUCGAGCCCGCCAUUCUCCGCGAAACUUUCCCUCCCAUUGACAGCAAGGACGAGCUGAAUGUUGCCGACGUCUUUGUGACCUGCAACUUUCUCUUCCGCGACGGCGGCACGAAGAUUGUUGGCAACAAACGCGUGUUCCUUGUCACCGACAAUGAUGAUCCCCCCGGAGGCUCUAACCGCGCGCCCGCCCGCACCAUCUUUGGCGACCUUUCGACCUAUGGCGUCCACGUCGAGACUUGCUUUGUCAACCGCCCGGGCCACAAGUUUGACCCUAGCGUUUACUGGAACACUCCCAAGCGCAGGCAGUUUACUGUGCCUCUCAAGUUUGGAGGGCGUGACGGCGACAUUGAGAUUGGUGUCAGCGGUUAUGCGCUCAUCUCGGAGCAGAAAAAGGGCCAGCCAAAGAACGUCCGCAUGCGCGGUCAAGCGGUGGAAGAGGUGGCCAUCAAGACGGCAUACACAUCAGCUGAAACCGGCGGAGACCUCGCCGAGUCUGAAAUCACUUCUGCCUUCCAGUUUGGCAGAGAGUCGGCGAUCCAGAACGUUCUUGAGCGCAACUGGUGGGAGACGGAGGAGUACCAGGAGGAACAGGAGAGACAGCUCCAGGGACUCCUCUUUCAGCACAGCAACAGCGUCAACCAGGCGAUGCCAUCGAGCCCCAAGGUCGUGGCUAGGACGAGGGUCCAAUUCACAGACAAGGAGAUUGCCAGUUUCCGCUCUAUGGAUAUCGACCCUCAAAUCAAGAUUCUUGGCUUUCAGUCGCCCAAGUUUCUCGAAUAUCGCGACAACAUGAAGCACGCAUUCUUCAUCUAUCCCGAUGAAAAAGGCUACACUGGCAGUACUCGCACGUUCAGCGCGCUGCUCCAAUCAUGCAUCAAGCAGGACCGCCACGCGCUAGCGCUGUGCCGCCUCCGCGCGGGUUCCACUCCCGAGUUUUGCGUCCUCAUUCCACAGGAAGAGACGUUUGACAGAGGUUCGCAGGACGACCCUCCUGGAUUCCACGUUGUCGUCCUUCCGUUUGUGGAUGAUAUCCGUGAUCAGCCCAGGGCUAUUACCGAUAACAUUCCAGCUGAGGAGGAGCAGACCAAAGUGAUGGAACGUAUUGUCAGGCGUCUCCGUUUCAAGUCAAAGCGCUAUAAGCCUGACCCAUGGCCUAACCCUGCUCUCGCAUACCACCAGCAACAGCUUCAGGCUCUUGCCUUUGACGAAGACUUUGACACCGAGUUGUUCGAUGACAAGGCGUUACCCAAGUAUGGCGGUAUCCACGGAGCCGCGGGACAGUUGAUGGAGGAAUGGAACCGUCUGAUUGAGGCCGACAGCCGCGCAAUCGAGGUCACCACUGCUGCAACCAAGCGCACUGCCGUCCAACUUGACGCGGACGACCUUGAAGACGUCGACGGCGCUUACAGGAACGGUUCUAUGAACAAACUCAAGGUGGCGGACCUGCGCAACUAUGCAAAGUUCCACGGCAUCAGCCUCGGCAGCGCCUCCAAGAAGGCUGAUAUUAUUGACGUUCUCGAGGCUCAUCUGAGCAAGAAGCAGAAGUAA